GAGUUCCGCCAUGGGAAGCCACCGGACGGACCGUUGCCUCCUUUGCCUAUACCCGCUCCUCUUGGAGACGCCCCAUCACCCACCUGCAAUAAGCAGAUAAUGCAUGCACAUUGGAAAACAGGCAGAUCGGUAUCAAGACCGCCCUCUCGGUCGAACUCACAUCCGCUGUUUGUGUCGUUGCCACAAGUUGCCGACUCCCCUUCUCCGGAAUCAGACACACAAAGGACACAAAGCGUGCCUGAUUUAAUUGCUGCUGUCGCAAAGCCUUCCAUAGACAUUAGUCCCAUGAGGCAUUUGGAGGAUCACCUACGGCAACCGCACAGCACCUCGCCACCGCCACCUCACGACCCUCACUUACCAUCGCAAGGGUCGCCGCCGUCUUCAAACCACGAUGUACUUUCAGCUCCAUCUUCUCCCGUGGAUACAGUACUUUUAGAAUCGCCGUCUUUGAGCGGCAUUACGUCGUUUUCAUCGCUACAGACAGCAGAACUCUCGCAGGAGCUGUCCAUUCAAGUGCCAUCGCAAGAUGGGUCACUUGUUGAUAGAAGUGUGCCCUCUAUUGAUAAAAACUAUGCAGGUGAUACCGUGGAGGUAGUGCUAGCGUCGCCUCCUGUGCAAAACAUGCCUGUGCCACUAACAUCAGUAGAAAGUUUAUCAACGUCCCUCUCAACGCAGCCUCAAAUCAUCUCACUCCCAGUCGCCGACACCCUCCCGCAGGUCCAGCUCCCGUUGGAAGCUCCGAGUCUCGUCCAAAUCACCCACCAAAGCUCUAGCACAUACACUCCAGUCAAGCCACGCCCCAUAGCUAUUACCCCUACCCCUACCCCUCCACCAGCACCAUCAAUAACCCCGCCUACUCCCAAAUCUUCUGGGAAGAAGAAGAAGGUCAACGCAGUCAAGUCAGAUAAGAAUGUUCCGUGUAAAGAUCGGCGAUAUGAUCCUGAUAAGCAUUGUGGUGUGUGGAGUGAGGAGCAUAAGAGACAUUGCACAAGGUCUCUUACUUGCAAGACUCACUCGCUAUCCCUACGAAGGGCGGUGCAGGGAAGACGGCUCCCUUUCAAUGAGCUCCUGGCAGAGCACAAGGCAAGGUCCCAGGCCCUUGCUGCCGCCAAGGCUGCUGCAGCGGGUGGUACAACUCCUGCAGCAACUGCCAUCGCCGCAACCACUACUGCCACUGUCCUCAGCAAUAACCAUAGCAAUUCAUCGGGCGGGUCCCAGCCCUUGUUGAAGUCGCCAUCGUCAUCGACGUCCAGCAAGAAGGAGAUGCUAAGUCCGCAGAAUCUUGGUGGAACUCCUACGGUACCAGUUCUGCAGGGACCGGGUCCUACUCCGGUCAUAAUUAACUCAUCUGCACAUCCCUUGAAGAGGCACUUGUCUGUGUCGACCCCACCCUCCUCCAUCCAUCUGAUGAGGGAUGACUCCUCCCCUUCCUCGGUGGUCGUGGUCCCCCUGGAUACCUCCCAGACUCCUACCCCACUUCGGCAGCAGGAGCACCACCCCUCCCCGACACACCAGAGGAUACCGUCUCAGGGUGUGGAAGGGAAGGAGGCAGGGGAAAGACUAGAUUCUCCUUGCACUCAUCAUCAUCCAAGGCCUUUUGCUAUGUGUACUUACGGCUCCAAGAGAACGGAGCAAGGUAUGGUGGUGCUUAACAGACGGCAGGACCGUCUCAGGGCAGCUCUAGCUGGUCUGGUGGAAAGACAACUCAAACCACCUCCAUUGAAGAAAGUGUGUCACUCUCAGGAAUCCGCAGUUGUACCAAAUCUUGCCAAGAAUGGCAGCAACAUCACCUCAGUGCCUCCCAAACUCACAAACUCACAUCUGGACCAAGGCCUCCUCCAUUCAGCAGCGAUGCCAAAUGCCAAGCCCUCCAAGUCCAGUACCUCAAAGAGCAAGAAAUCAAAGGCCAGUAGGUCGGACAAGAGCGGCGACGGCACCUUCUCGCACCAAGUAAAAAACUCCAAGGUACGGAGGAAAAGUGGGAGCGGGGCAUCAGGGGGUGUCUCCCCCGCAAUCAUCCAGACGAGCAGCUCCAGUAACUUAAUGCAUAAUAUUUUCACUGUGUCGUCGAGCAGCAACGUGCCACUGGCAAUAGCACCAGCCACGUACACAGUGGUCGGAGGCAACGGACUCCAACCGGUGGAUAUGAUCAAUGUGGACAAUAACACGAGUGUUUCGGAUAUGCAAGGACAGCUUUUGAAGAACCUCAGAUUCGUGGUGACUAACAUUGAUAAUACGAACAAUGCCGGAGGAGCGUCGCAGCCUGCAAUCACGUUACCGAUCCUCAAUGCCGUGGGGAAUGCACCAAUGGUUAUAGGGAACAUAGGAGCAUUGCAGCUCCACGAUGGCAAAAUGAAUAUCAAGUCAAGGACAAAGAAUGUGGGAAGUAAGAACCUUGAAAGACAAAGUUCAAGAACUCGUAAGCCUUCAGGGAGUGGCAUUGUGCAUUGUUCUCCGCAGCAGACGGUGCAGAUAGGCACAGUCCAAGGGGAUACUAUCAUCGUCCAGGAUCAGGGUGUGAUUUCUAGCAUGAGGAGUUCACCUAGUCCAGUCCUAAGACCGGAGUCUUCAAGUCCUCAGCUGACCUCCCUCCCUAAUGGUAUCAUUCCAUCUCCUUCCGGUACCACUCUCUACACUGGUAACAAGGUGUAUGGUGGCAGCUCUGCCAGCAACGCAGUGGUAGGAGUGGGAGCGAGUGGUGGUGUGGUCAUGGUCGAUCAACAUCACCCCCAACUCCAUCAACCCCACCAACCGCAGCAUAUUCAUCAUCACCAGCAGCAACAGCAGCCGCAGCAGCAGCCACCGGGGGACAUCACCAGCCCGAGCGGUACGAGUACCCCCAGCCCUGGCGGAAACUCCACAGAGACCUCUCCCAGUGGGAGCUUUCAGUACAGCUCAGGAAUCCAAAGUAUAAGUGCAAACAAAUCCUUUUCAACCUCCAACUCUUCCAAGUCCAGUGGUAGCCGUAAACAGCAGCAGAAUACCAAAAGCAGUAGCAGCAGUGGGGCGAUGUCUGGAGGGGGCGUGCACACCAACCAACACCAGACCACGUCCGUUCAACCCAUCCCAUUCCAGGUACCCUUACAACACAUCAUGGCAAACCUGAUCGAUGCUCAAGGGAAAUCAUUAAGUGCCAUCAUCCCUGCCAAUCAUCAACUCUUUUCCGGGAUACAGCUUCAGCAGAGCGGGAGCGGGGCACCCGCUGCCACUCCAGGCGCACCUGUCAUGCAGAGCGCGGUGGCGACGGUGACGCCGGGCGACCACCAGAACAAGGCGUCGUCGCCACCCACGGCAGCGGCAGCGUCCCUCCUCGCUCAGCAGCCAAUAGCCUUGUCCCUGCAGCAACAGACGUCACAUCAUCACCAUCAGGCGGGCAAUCAAUCCAUCAGGAUACAAGGUACAGGACUUGCGACCGUUGGAUCGGUCGGUGACCACACCCCUCAGGCGGUGUUGAGUCCGGGUGGAACAGGAGAUCCAAGGCAAGAACUGAAGCUCCAUCAUUAGCACAGGUGCCAUGGCAGAAGCAAUAGCAUUCACUGACCGUACACUGUGUUGAUUCCCGUCUAAGGUUAAGGAUGUUGUAAUCUUAACUUCUUUCUUUCCAAUAUAUGUCCAACAUGAUUCAAUGCUCCUGAAAUAAGUCAUAUGGACAAACAAUCCUAAUUCUGCAUGGAAACGGUUACUUUUGUUCCCCAAUUCUGUCAAAUAUAGAUAUUUAAUAGAUAAUAAUCAUAAAAUCCAUAGAAAUGAGAUAAAACAUAAAAUAAACAGAUUUAUGCGGUUCACUCUGUGAUUUCAUUUGAAAUUUUAAAAGAUACAUCAGAAAAACUGUGCUCGAAAGAUAUCUGAAAAUGCAAGCUUUUGUUACAUAGUUUGGAUUUGUUUCAUGUCGUCAUGCAUUUCCAUCCAUGUUCUUUGAUAUCAUGAAUACCAAACAAUCCAUUUAUUGACAAAUGAACAGGUACCUUUAUUCUGCUUUGGAUUAAUUUGAAAUAUCAUAUUGUGGGUAAGCAAAUGUUCUGCAUCCCAGUUCAACAAUAAUUGAAUGCAGUAGUAACUCCUAUCAAAUUUGAUUUUGGAUCUAUUAAUAUUGUGCCAGUAUGUCAUUUUAAACCAAGAGGUUGUUUUACUUGUGAAACAUGGUUCACUGAUUGAAGGGACUUCCCAAUUAACACAAUAUAAAACAUGAAUAAUUGCAUUGAGCUCAUUCUUUUGAAAAACCUAGUUAUUUUGUCCAGACAGAUUAAUUUCAAGUUAAUAACUUACAACUUAACUUCAAGUAAUGAUUCUACUUUUGUCUCAGAUCAGUGAUGCAAUCGCUACACUGUUCAAUGUGCGUGCAUGGCCACCAAGCUAGCACUGAAAUAAAAUAUUUUAAAAAAUCAAUGAUUUUAUCAGCGAUUGAAGUAAAUCCCUGCACACAGACAGAGCAAAGAAAUCAACGAUUUUGUAGUAAGAUGUAAGAGAUUAAUUUAGAGAUUCAUCAAUUGGGAUUUAAAAAAAAAUAUUUCACUGUUUUCAAUAACUCAGUGUUUUUAUCAUGCCAUAUUGCGCUAAUGGCUUGAUUAUUUUAUCAGUGCACCAAGUUUCCAAGAGAAUUGCUGUAUGGUCCUAUGAAUUGCGGUCAUGCUACUUGUAUAUAUAAAUAUACAUCAAGAUCACUUUGUUCUUGUCAAAGUGGAUUGGAGUUGAUCAGGAUAGGAAUGUUGGUGUGUGUGAGAGAGAGUGAGACAAAUGUGUAUUAUCAGAUGGGCUUUCAGUCUAAUCCCCUUCCUUAUAAAUGACACUAGUUAUUAAUAUUGAUAUUAAUUUCAUUCUGAUGGAAGAUUUAGUACAUAAACAUUUUGACCGGUGGUAAUAAUCAUUUGGAUGCAUCAUAGUUCAAAUGAACAGAGUCAUUGGCCCUAAUUCUCAAGAGGUGUAAACCGGAGUAGGCCUAAACCGAAGUGUUUACACCCUCUUAAAGCUCUUGUGGAUCAAGCCUUUCUUUGUGUUUUACUAGGAAAGAGUAACAACAUGAUCUAUGGACUUCAGAAGUCUGCUUCCAAACGAGUGUAGAAUGAAACUCAACUAAUGAACAGUAAUUUGACAGAAUUUGACAGCAUUGACUCGAUAAAAUAUUCGUAUUUUCAUCAGGUCUUUAUGAUUGUGGUUUUUCGGAUUAUUAGAAGGGGUUGUUAGCCGUUUUUCUUCAUAUUCCAAUACAACCUUCACCCAUUUAAAGUUAUUACAAUAGAAUGAUACAAUUAAAUCAAUAAAUUAUUGAAAUCUCAUUAAUAUCGGUGCCUGGGAGGACAAUGCAAUUAUUGACACAUCAUAAAGAGAAGUGGUUGGAGCUUUUUGCCUGUUUUUUUUCUUCAAAUUACUUACCAAGUGCAAUUUUUUUGUCAGAUCUCUGUAAAUCGACAAGAAAAAUAUUGAUCCUUGUGAGGAUUGACGGGAAGGUGAAAAGCGUUGGAUGUUCUCGUUUUGUGUCAUGCCGAGAAGAUGCGAUUUUAUGUGACUCUUCGCACCAUCGAUUAUGACUUGUGCUAUGUGAUAUGUGCUGUAGAAAGGGUUUAAAACAGAGACUUUAUUCAGCUAUCAAGUGAACUUAUUGGCUAUAUCAUGCCAUGGUGAUUAUAAGCAAUCUAUUUAACAGAUAAUCAGGUUGAAAUAGAAGCUGAUUAAUGAUAUAUUUUGCUGUAGAGUAUAGCAAAGUUGUAGAGUGGUAGGAAAACUUUCCAAACAAUGGUUGUAUGUUGUGCUCAUGCUACAACGCUCUCCCUAUAAAAUACAUAAUACAUGUAUGGAUUACGGUACAAGUUGCUGCCAUGCUAUGUUACAACAAAUCCCUGUUGCUUACGACCCUCCUGCCAUUCUUUUACUUUUAUUUUCAUUACCAAAUUAAUUUAUUCUGCCUUAUUUAUUCAGCUUUUUGUAUUAUUCUACGUAAAUGUUAGUAUAUUGAAUAACAAUGAAAUGUAUAUGUAGCUCUUGUGUUGUUUUUUUCAAAGCAUUCAGUAGAAAAUCGCAUGUUCCUUGUUUUUGAGACUUACUGUAACCACCUUGCUAUUUAAUAACAAAUUCUGAACUAGUUACGGAUAGGACAAUUCUCAGCUAAAUCUUACACGUUGUUUUAGAGAGGCAUGUAUACCCUCUAUACAAGUCAAGAUAUUUAUACACUUUUU